AUGUUGAACAGGACCACUGAUUGGUUGAAGGGUUUACCACGUGAACCACGAGAUGCUCUGGAUGACGGUAUCUUUGUGUUCUUUGCGGUGGAGAUGCUGGUGAAGAUGGUGGCUCUGGGUGUUCUAGGUCAGAAGGGUUACCUUGGCGACACCUGGAACAGACUGGACUUCUUCAUCGUUAUCAUCGGGAUGUUGGAGUAUUCUCUGGACGGACACAACGUCAGCCUAUCAGCCAUCAGGACUGUCAGGGUGCUCCGCCCACUACGAGCCAUCAACAGAGUACCCAGUAUGCGUAUCCUGGUGACUCUGCUCCUAGACACUCUCCCCAUGCUGGGGAACGUUCUGGCACUCUGCUUCUUUGUCUUCUUCAUCUUCGGCAUCGUGGGCGUGCAGCUGUGGGCGGGGCUACUGAGAAACAGGUGCUUCAUGGGAGAAGACUUCAAAAGGAUUUACAACGUCUCCUUCCUGACUGUGUACUAUCGUCCCGAGGAGACGGAGGACAUCCCUUUUAUCUGCUCAACCAAUCGGGAGAACGGAAUGCUGCGGUGUUCCGACGUUCCGCGCCGCCGAGUGGACGGGUCCUGGUGCAUGCUGGGGGCAGAAGGGGUAGGGGAGGGGCCUGGGGCAGAUGAACCAAUAGGAGGCGGGUGUGUGAACUGGUACCAGUAUUAUAAUGUCUGUCGGGCUGGGGAGCGAAACCCUCAUAAAGGAGCCAUCAACUUUGACAACAUCGGAUACGCCUGGAUUGCUAUCUUUCAGGUGAUAACUCUGGAAGGCUGGGUGGACAUCAUGUACUAUGUAAUGGAUGCUCACUCCUUCUACAACUUCAUCUACUUUAUAUUCCUCAUCAUCGUGGGCUCGUUCUUCAUGCUGAACCUGUGCCUGGUCGUCAUAGCGACCCAGUUCUCAGAGACAAAGCAGCGCGAGAACGCCCUGAUGAGGUCGGAGCAGCGUGCCCGUUACCUCAGCAACGCCUCCACUCUGGCUUCCUAUCAGGAGCCGGGGUCCUGCUACGAGGAGAUACUGCGCUACAUCGGACACCUGUAUCGUAAACUGACCCGCAGAGUCGCCCGGGCCGUCACACACUGCUCUACACACACACCUCGCUGUACUUGUUGGACACACUCACACCAACACACACCCAAAGGAGAGGUGAACGGACUGGCCAAUCGGCACUCGGGACACACCCAUGGCGUCUUCCAUCUUCGUCCUCCUCUUCCUCGUCCUUCUAACUGUGUGGGGGUGGAGAUGAGUAACGGGGGAGUAGGGAGGAAGGGCAGGGAGUUAAACUACCCCUCUAUCUAUCCCCACGACCUCUACGACCUGACCCCCGACCCCAACUACAUGACCUCCAGGGGGAGGGGCCACACCGUCACACUGGUGUUAGAGCACGAUAAGAAGGCAGAGCACAGGGAGUCAUUGCCGUGCCCCUACUGCGUCCACGACGACCAGCUUUGUGACAACGACCAUGCCGAUUUUGAACCUAGCAACCAGGGCCAUGGCAACCUGAGCCCUCGCCGCGUUGACAGCCUUCGGCGUGUAGAUGGACAGGCCUUGAGGCCAAUCAGAGACCUAGUUGGGUGGUGGGCGGAGCUACAGGCCAGGUUGGAGCAUGUGGUGAGCAGUAGAUACUUCAACAGAGGGAUCAUGAUCUCCAUCCUCAUCAACACUCUCAGUAUGGGGAUAGAGUUCCACCAACAGCCCCAGGAGCUGACUGACAUCCUAGAAAUCAGUAAUCUAGUGUUCACCAGUCUCUUCAGUCUGGAGAUGCUGCUGAAGCUGCUGGCCUUCGGACUCUUCGGCUAUAUCAAGAACCCGUACAACGGCUUUGACAGCGUCAUCGUCAUCAUCAGUGUCUGGGAGAUCGUUGGGCAGGCGGACGGCGGUCUGUCAGUCCUGCGUACCUUCCGUCUGCUGCGAGUCCUGAAGCUGGUCCGGUUCCUGCCCGCCCUGCGCAGACAGCUGGUGGUUCUGAUGAAGACUAUGGACAACGUAGCCACCUUCUGCAUGCUGCUCAUGCUCUUCAUCUUCAUAUUCAGUAUCCUAGGCAUGCAUCUGUUUGGCUGUAAGUUUGGUCUGAAGCUGGACAGUGGAGACACGCUACCUGACAGGAAGAACUUUGACUCGCUGCUCUGGGCUAUCGUCACUGUGUUCCAGAUCCUGACUCAGGAGGACUGGAAUCUGGUCCUGUAUAACGGCAUGGCCUCCACCUCUCCUCUCGCUGCUCUCUACUUUGUAGCUCUGAUGACGUUUGGGAACUACGUCCUCUUCAACCUGCUGGUGGCCAUCUUGGUGGAGGGCUUUCAGGCGGAGGGUGAUGCUAACAGGUCAGAGUCCGACGAUGAGAAACUGUCGACCUUAGAAGAGGAGGAGAAGAUGAAGGAGCUGUAUUCAGCAGAGUUGAAGCUCCAGGCGAUGAUGUUGACUCCUAAUGGCCUUCUGAAUCCCCGAGCCUCCAUGCCCCUCCCACCCACACAGUCACCGUGGCAACAACCGCCGCCACCAUCGCCACGGCAACGCCCGCCACUCAUCCUGCACACCUUGGCCACGCCCACAACUUGCGACAGCCAAUCACGACGGGGCAGCGCCGUCUCUAUGGAUACAAGCAACACCCUGGACCCCAGGUCGCCGUCUCCAUGGGACAGCCGGCGCGCCAGCUGGUCUUCUAUUGGCCGAGGUCCCAGCCUACAGCAGCGGAGGAGUCAAUCUAGUGAGAGAGAUUCUCUGCUGUCAGAUGGGGCGGGGUCAGAAUGGUCCAAUCCCAGCUGGGGGAGCAGGGAGGAGUCUUUCGACCUCCUGGACCAAUCAGAGUAUCUGACCGUGCCGAUGCUCCGCCCACCUGACUGUAACGGGAAGACCUUUCACCUCCCUGACGCCGGGACCCUACGUUACUAUAGUGACCACGAAGAGGAGGAGGAGGACGCUGAGGAGAGUGUGUGUUUGCGGGUGAAGCUGGUCCUGGAGCCCUAUAAGCCCCAGUGGUGUAGAGAUCAUGAGGACUGGGCUCUCUACCUGUUCUCCCCAUGCAACAGGUUUCGUCAGUGGUGUCAGAGAGUGAUAACUCACAAGAUGUUUGAUCACAUAAUCCUCCUUUUCAUCUUCCUCAACUGCAUCACCAUCGCUCUGGAGAGACCAGACAUACAGACACACAGUACAAGAGUGUUCCUCAGUGUGUCCAACCAUAUAUUCACUGUGAUCUUCAUAGCAGAGAUGACCGUUAAGGUGGUAGCCCAGGGUCUGUACUCAGGUGGAGCAGUCUAUCUGAAGAGCAGCUGGAAUGUUCUGGAUGGACUGUUGGUGUUUGUAUCUCUGCUGGACAUUCUGGUUUCCAUAGCAUCCGCCGGCGGUAACCGUACUGGAAUCCUCAGAGUGCUGCGACUCCUGCGCACCCUUCGACCCCUCAGGGUGAUCAGUCGAGCCCCAGGUCUGAAGCUGGUAGUAGAGACUCUGAUCACGUCUCUGAGACCCAUCGGAAACAUCGUCCUCAUCUGCUGCGGCUUCUUCAUCGUGUUUGGAAUACUGGGAGUACAGCUUUUCAAGGGUAAGUUCUUCCACUGCGAGGGGGCGGACGUGAGGAACGUGACCAAUAGGACUGACUGUCUCCCGUGCCGGCUACCGUGGACACGACGCAAAUACAACUUCGAUAACCUGGGACAGGUAGAGUACAAACACACGUUACAUCACACACCUGAGGGGUCGAAGGGUGCGCAGGAGUCGCAGCACUCUGAGGAUUCCGAGGAUACGGUUACCGCCGGCGGAUGCUAUGGAAACCAGAAUGUCCAGCAGAGAUACAAACACCAACAGUCCAUCCAGAACAUUCCAGCUGCUCUUCAGAUAGACUGCUUCACCUGA